UAUUCUCAGUAAGACGUCACCGGGUCAAAGUUGAACCCACAGCGAAAUCAUGGUGGAGCACGAGAAAAUACGCGUGGUCCAAUGUGGCGGGUGUAGACUCAACUUUAGAGCGCCUGUUGUUACAAACGAUUCCAAGUUCCUCCUGUGCGCGUCUGGAGUGUGUGUGAAGGUGUACAGCACUGCCACGGAGGAGUUUGUUCAUGAGCUGCGGGGACACAGUGACCUGGUCACGGCUGUGCUGAUCAAGCCCUCCAACCACCUGCAGGCCUACUCCUGCUCUGUAGAUGGCAGUGUCAGGCUUUGGGACUUUACAGAUGGGAUCCUCAUCAAGUCUUACUUUAUUGGACAACCAAUCUACGCCAUGUAUGCCACUGCUCAGCACAAAGGAAUGGUCUUCAUUGUCAUCCAAAACCAAACAAAUGAGGUCUUCCAGCUGGUGGCGGUAGAGCUCUCUCAGGAUGCCGAUGAGCUAGUGAAGGACGAGGAUCGGUCCUUGGUGCUCCCACACGUCAACGCCAGUCCAGAAUGCAUCGCCUUUGGCAGAGAGAGCGAAUAUAUUGCUUCUGUCGAGGCUUUGUGUAUGACGGUCUAUUUCUUCAGGAAGGGAAAAACAUCCAGCUUUCCGUUGUGCAACAAAAAGACAGUCGGCAAAAACACCUUCACGUGCGUCGCCUGUCACCCCAAAGAUGACGUCAUCGCCACCGGACACGUGGACGGAAAGAUUCGCUUGUGGAGAAACUUCCACCAGAAGAAGCAGUACACCCAGAUGACACUCCACUGGCACCACGACACUGUCAGCUCGCUGUGCUACACUCCGGAAGGUACCAACCUUCUGAGCGGAGGUGUGGAGUCUGUGCUGGUACAGUGGAAACACGGCCAAGAGAGCCAGAAGGAAUUUCUUCCUCGACUCGGUGCCUCAAUCACACAUGUGACCGUGUCGCCCGACGGUGCGCUCUUCUGCACCUCGCACUCCGACAACAAAAUCACAAUUAUCAAGAGCUGCAAAGUGUCCGCCGUCAUUCAAGGCCUCGUCAAAGGACAAAGCAUCGCCACAGACCUGUUGGUGGACCCUCGCAGCAAAGCGCUGGUCCUGAACGGAAAGCCCGGCCACUUGCAGUUUUACUCACUUGAGAGGGAUAAGCUGCUUUUCAACUUGGAUAUCGUCCAGCAAGAGUACAUCCACGAGCUGGCGGUGCUGCAGUUCCGAGUGGUCAAGGCGGCUUUCGAAGCCUCCGGGGAGUGGCUGGCCACCGUGGAAGAGCUCCGACCCAAAACGGCCGAGUUGGAGCUUCAUUUGAAAUUGUGGGCCUUUGACCACCAAACGCAAAGUUUUGCGCUGACCACGACCAUCUCGGCCCCCCACGAGGGCGAGAUCACGGCCAUGUGCUUCGGCUUGGCCGACCACCGCGGCGGCCCCCCGCUCAUCACCACCAGUAAGGACGGACACUUCAAAGUUUGGCGGCAGGUGCCGUCCCCCAACCACACAGAAGAUGAGGCGGGUUGGUCGUGGGCGUGCGACUUUGUGGGCUCGUAUCACAACCUGCGGCCUCAUUGCUGCUGCUUCUCGGCCGACGGCUCCCUGCUCGCCGUGGGCUUCCGGGAGGUGGUGACGCUGUGGAGUCCGGCUACUUGGGAACUCCUGACAACGCUGUCCCAGCCGCCUGGGGAAAUCAGGAAUCUUUGUUUUGGCCGACUAAGCUGCUCCAAGUACUUGCUGGGGACGACGGCAAAGAACCUGCUCUGCUGUUGGAAUCUCCUCACGUGCUCGCUGGAGUGGAGCACCUCCAUGGACGUCAGCUUGCUGCUACCUGACCCGCUGUCUGAGAACAUGGCGGCGUUCUGCAGUCAAGACAACUGCGCCGACCUGUUUGUGUUUAAGCCCUGCGAGCCGCGGCCGCUGUUUUGCCAAAAGGCCGUGUGUCCCGGGAGGGUGACCCGGGCCGUCUUCACCCCGAGGGACGCCAUGCAAGACAGCUGCGACGAGAGCUGCCAGUGGCUCAACCGAUCCCGGCUCUACUUUCUCAGCCAGUGCACGGAGCUAAUGACGUUUAUCACAGAGGACGAAGAGAAACAACUGCUGGCUUCUCAUAAAGAGUUCACCAUUGACGACACGGUUGCCAAGACGCCGUUCCGCCUGUUACUGGGCCAACAGCCGCAAGGAGGAGGCGAUCUGGACCGACCUGAUCAUUCCGACACUGCGAAGAGAGAGCCACCCCCGCGGGGUUCCGCUGCCGUUCGAGAGCUUCUGCAGACCCCCAGCCACGUCCUACCUGCCGCCACUUUCCUAUGCUCCAUGUUCGUACAGUCGCUGCUCAUCUCAGUCGCAGAGUCCAGUGACCCAAAACACGUCGAGAAGGAAAUGGAGAGCGAAAAAGAAGAAGAGGAUGACUCUGAGGAGGAGGAAAUGGAAACUGGCCACGUUGGAGCAAAACGGCCGUCGACGGCAGCAAGCGAGGCGGCCGAGGACGCUGCGCCGGCGAUGACCCGAGCGCAGCUCAGAGAAUUGAGGCGAGUGACAAAACUGGACCGCAGCUGGCUCAGUGGCCUCCUUGACUCUUGAGCAAAUUAUUUUUCGUUAUUAUCAUUGUUAUGGGUCUAUUUUACAAUAAAUGUGUAUCGGUUCUUGUUUCUCGGAAUCAAUGAACGCCCCAUCCCCAAAACACUUGCUCAUACCCCCCCCCUCAGUUUUAGUGCCUCGUACACGACAACAAUGCUGCAACUCCACUGCUGCUUCCUACAGGAUGGAUUUGCAUCCCGGUGAUGGGCAUGGAAUUGGGCUGACGCGUCUAUGAUAACAGGAUGCACAAAAUGCUCUCCCUUGCCGUCUGUGACACCAAUCAUACUUUGAGUAGCGUCAUUCUUUCUGUCCUUUUCUAAUAUACAGUACGUAGUACGUGCGUCUUUAUACUUGUUGCUGUCGCAAAGGUUCAACGUCUACAGACAAGAAGGCCAGAUAAAGACGGCCUUCAAAUGAAGGCUUUUCCUUCUUUGCAAACAAUUUAGGGACUUGAGCGAAAGCAGCAUUUUUGGAAGGAGGUUUCCGAGAAGACAGUAAACUCAAUCGUUACGUCACAAGUCCGAGCGGAACUGAUAGCGUGGCUGAUUAUUGCAAGUUGAAACCUUGCUCCCUCAGACAAAAGGUGAAUGAGUCUACGUGCGGACAAAGUCCGGCACGGAUUGAGAGGAAAAUGCAAAAAAAAUGAAGUGCACUCAUAAACGUCUCUGUGCUGGAAGGUUGACCAACUUUGGCCACCUGACUAAGAAGCAAACCCAAAGUUGUAAGAUGGCUACAUUCUUCAUCUUGCAAAUGAUACUGUGGCGGCUUUUUUUUGGUCUUCUCGCUAGCUCCAACGACCCGCUAAGGAGGGAAAUGAAAACUGCUGAUGAAAGGGAAGUCUUAUCCGACCGACCCUGAGACCAGAACGGAAAACCGCCGACUCGGAGCUUUGGGAUUUGGGGCUUAAGGCAAAUACUUUGCUACCUAAAGCUGUGUGUUUGGCUGCUUAGUCAUGCAGUGAGGCCCAUCGGCGUGUCUCGUUACGCUCGACACUUUUUGCUGCGUAACGGUUCAGUUCUGCAGGGCGUUGGAGCAAUCAAGUGCAAAAGAGCAGGCCAGCGCAGUAUUGUGCCCUUUGUACGGAAAGGCGCCUCUGUUGGAAUGAAGAGUCAGGUUUUACUGAGAAUCAAGAAGUAUAUUUGACGUUUUUUUUUCUUUCUUCAGAUCCCAUGACCCCAAUUUAUUUGUAUAGCCCUAAAUCACAAGCAGUGAUUGGACCCCAAUAACCAUUCAGCAUGACACUAUUUGUAUGAUGAGGCUUGUGAUACAAUAGUGCCAAAAUAGAAUAGCGAUUUGGAGGCGUCAAGAAUUAUAAAUCUUAUCUUGAUGCUCCAGAUGCUCACUUUACGACUUAGUUUGUCAAGGAGAUGAUGACGAGCUCAACCUUUAUGAGGUCAUGUUUCUCAGGUUUACUGGAGUCAUCAACUAAAGUGUGCUAAAAAAAAAAAA